AUGUUUGGGCAGCAGCAGCCAGGAGAACUCUUUCGACUGCGAGCUCAAUCGAGUGCACCAGACGCAAACCUCCACAACAUUGCCCCUCCGGACCAUGAUCAAGAGCAAAGGAGCAACGCCAAUGGCGAGGGAGCAGUUGAAGACGCCGCGCCCCAAACGGGUGCCACCUCCACAGCUGUCCCUAGUACUGAGGCCUCUUCGACUGCCGAAGGGACAUGGGGCGAAAGAGACGUUGGUGGGCCCGUUAGUCACAGAAUAGCAAUGGAGGACUACGAGGCCAUGCGGCGUGAGCUCUCUCAAUUGAGCCACACAAGAUCGAAAUCCAGUGCGAGAGCCGAUGGCGGCGGGCUCAUGCGGACCCUCACAAGUCGAAGCAGGCGAGCAGAGCGUCCUUCCCAGCAACGCACACAGUCUUCCGAGAGAAGGAGCGCAUUCGCCGAUGGCGAGGACCUUGAAGCUGGCGAUGCACAGGGUGUGGCGGAGAAAGAGAUGCAAUUCGAGCUGGGACCGUUUCUGAAAGAGGGCCAUUUUGAGAAGCAUACCGAUACGGGCGAUUCAGCGAAGAAAGUGGGUGUGGUGUUUAAGAAUUUGACUGUCAAAGGUGCUGGGAGCACGACGAACUAUACGAAGACCUUGCCGGAUGCGAUACUGGGGACCAUCGGACCGGAUCUGUAUCGGCUCAUGUGCCGUUUCAUACCUGCUCUAAGCUUCAAUAAACAUCAGCAAUUAAGGACCCUCAUCAAUGAUUAUACGGGCAUUGUCCGAGAUGGAGAGAUGAUGCUGGUGCUUGGGCGGCCUGGGUCUGGUUGCACUACUUUUUUGAAAGCUAUUGCAAAUAAGCGGAAUGAAUACGCUUCGGUAACAGGAGACGUCUCCUAUGGAGGCAUUCCGGCCAAAGAACAGAAUGCACAUUAUAGGGGCGAAGUCAACUACAACCCAGAAGACGACCAGCAUUUCCCAACUCUGAAUGUCUGGCAAACCUUGAAGUUCUCGCUGCUAAACAAGACCAAGAAGCGUGAAAGAGGCGAAAUGAGCAUCAUCAUUGACGCGCUGAUGAACAUGUUCGGCAUUAGCCAUACUGCUAAGACGCUGGUUGGAAAUGAAAUGGUUCCUGGUGUUUCGGGAGGUGAAAGGAAACGGGUCUCUAUUGCAGAAACACUGGCUACGAAAUCAACAGUGGUAUGCUGGGACAAUUCAACUCGAGGGUUGGAUGCCUCUACCGCACUGGAUUAUGCCAAUUCUCUACGCAUCAUGACGGAUGUCAGUAACCGCACGACACUUGUUACGCUCUACCAAGCUGGAGAGCAGAUCUACGAACUAAUGGACAAGGUUCUCGUCAUCGAUGAAGGGCGGAUGGUCUUCCAAGGUCCAGCAAACGAAGCUAAGCAGUACUUCCUCGACCUGGGACUCUAUUGCCCAGAGAGACAAACGACUGCAGACUUCCUGACCGCUGUGACCGAUCCAGCUCAAAGAGUGUUCCGCGAAGGGUACGAAGCACAGACGCCGAAGACCGCGGAAGACUUUGAGAGAGCCUUCAAGAAUAGUGCCAAUUACAAGAAAGUCCUGGCAGACGUCGAGGAUUACGAACAGCACCUCAAUCGUACAGACCAUGGGGACGCAAGAGAGUUCAAGCAAAGCGUCAAGGAGCAGCAGUCGAAACAUGUGUCGCCGAAAUCGAGUUUUACUGUGAGCAUUUGGAAACAGGUGCUGGCGUGUACUCAGCGCGAGUUCUGGCUCGUCUGGGGCGACAAGCCUACCAUUUAUACCAAAUUCUUCAUCAUCAUUGCCAAUGGACUCAUCGUGGGCUCUCUCUUCUAUGGCCAACCUCUGAACACCGAAGGUGCUUUCACCCGCGGCGGCACAGGCUUCUUCUCCAUCCUAUUUCUUGGUUGGCUUCAACUCUCCGAGCUGAUGAAGGCCGUCUCUGGUAGAGUGGUCAUCGACCGACAUCGUGAAUAUGCCUUCUACCGGCCCAGUGCCGUGGUUCUAGCUCGGGUUCUGGCCGACUUCCCUCUCAUUCUCACACAGGUCAUACCGUUCACGAUCAUCAUGUACUUCUUGACAGGCCUGGACGUUACCGCGUCGAAGUUCUUCAUCUACUUGCUAUUCGUCUACACCACAACUAUCUGCAUCACCGCACUCUACCGGAUGUUUGCGGCAUUGUCACCAACAAUCGACGAUGCGGUCAGGUUCUCUGGUACCGCCCUUAAUCUCCUGAUCAUCUACACUGGCUACGCAAUACCGAAACCCACCCUGUUACAUUCGAAGAUCUGGUUCGGCUGGAUUUACUACAUAAACCCGAUCUCCUAUGCGUUUGAGGGUGUCCUAUCGAACGAGUUCGCCGACCGAACUAUGUCCUGCGCUGCAGAAAUGCUUGUGCCUCAGGGUCCCGGGGUCCUAUCUCAAUAUCAAGGAUGUGCCAUUAGCGGAGCCACUUUGAGCAGCACGAGCGUCUUAGGCUCCGCAUACAUUGGCACUACCUACGAAUACACGCGUUCGCAUCUGUGGCGGAAUUUUGGUGUGCUCAUCGCUUUCACUGUGCUUUAUAUUUUGGUCACCGUUAUGGGAUCAGAGCUAUUUUCGUUCGUGGGGGGUGGUGGGGGUGCUUUGGUCUUCAAGAAAGGCUCCAAGACGCCCGCACAGGGCACUCCAAGCACUGCGGACGCUGAGAAGGGUGGCGAUGCUGGAGAUAGCAGUGCCUCGAGUGGUCAACUUCAGACGAGCAGCCAGGAAGACAACCCAAUCCCAAAGAUCUCGGAAAAUGAGAGCGUCUUUACUUGGACUGAUGUUGAGUUUAGCGUGCCUUAUGAGGGAGGCCAGCGUAAAUUGCUCAACCGAGUGAAUGGGUACGCUAAACCUGGAGUCAUGGUAGCCCUAAUGGGCGCUUCCGGUGCUGGGAAGACUACCCUGUUGAACACCUUAAGCCAGCGCCAGAGGAUUGGUGUCGUGAGUGGGGAAAUGCUUGUUGAUGGCCGAAAUCUUGGCACUGAAUUCCAGCGUGUCACUGGCUUUGUCGAACAACAAGACCUUCAUGACAGGACUGCUACUAUUCGAGAAGCCAUCGAAUUUUCCGCAAUCUUGCGUCAAGAACGACAUGUGCCUCGAGAAGAGAAACUUGCCUACGUUAAGGAGAUCAUAGACCUGCUUGAGUUGCGGGAAUUGUCCGAUGCUUUGAUCCUUUCAUUGGGUGUCGAGCAGCGGAAACGUGUCACUAUUGCGGUCGAGCUGGCUGCAAAACCUUCACUUCUCUUCCUCGACGAGCCCACAUCAGGUCUCGACAGCCAGUCUGCUUACUCGAUCGUGCGGUUCCUCAAGAAGCUUGCGGUAGCUGGACAUGGGAUUAUAUGUACGAUCCAUCAACCGUCUUCGGUUCUCAUCCAACAGUUCGACAUGAUUCUUGCUCUCAAUCCUGGAGGUAACACCUUUUACUUUGGUCCCGUUGGCGACAAUGGCUCUGCUGUUAACAAGUAUUUCGCCGAUCGUGAAGUUUAUUGCCCACCACAAAAGAAUAUUGCGGAGUUCAUCCUUGAGACUGCAGCAAAAGGCGGCAAAAGGAAGGACGGGAAACGCCUGAACUGGAAUGACGAAUGGAAGAAAUCCCAAGAAUACAAAGGCGUUCUUGUCGAGAUCGAUCGCGUUAAUAAAGAGCGAGAGAAGAUCCCGCCCAAAGCCGCAGACACACAACAUGAAUACGCCUCCCCAGUCUGGCUCCAAAUCACCAUGCUGACUCACCGAAUGUUCACGCAAUACUGGCGCGACCCAUCCUACCUCUAUGGCAAACUAUUCGUUGCAAUAAUUAUCGGCAUCUUCAACGGCUUCACCUUCUGGCAACUAGGCAAUACGAUCCAAGACAUGCAGAACCGCAUGUUCACAGCCUUCCUGAUUAUCUUGAUCCCGCCUACCGUCGUCAACGCCGUUGUGCCGAAGUUCUAUAUGAAUAUGGCACUGUGGGAAGCUAGGGAAAACCCGAGCAGGAUCUAUAACUGGGUAGCUUUCUGCACAGCCUCUGUCGUGACCGAGAUCCCUAUCUCCAUCGUUUCGGCUGUCAUAUACUGGAUCAUUUGGUACUACGCCACUGGCCUCCCAACCGAUAGCAGUACGGCCGGCUACGUCUUCUGGAUGACGAUGCUUUUCUUCCUCUUCCAAGCUAGUUGGGGCCAAUGGAUCUGCGCUUUUGCCCCAUCCUUCACCGUCAUUUCCAACGUUCUGCCGUUCUUCUUCGUCAUGUUCGGCCUCUUCAACGGCGUUGUUCGUCCUUACUCUCAACUUCCAGUUUUCUGGCGGUACUGGAUGUAUUGGGUCAACCCUUCCACCUACUGGAUCGGCGGUGUCAUUGCUGCCACGCUCCGAGACAUACCCAUUCAAUGCGGCCCUGACGAAGCGGCUAUGUUCAAUCCACCGCCCGGGAUGACCUGUGGACAGUAUGCUCAACCGUAUGUCAACAGCGUUGGCACUGGCUACAUCACGAAUCCGAGCGCAACGAGCGAUUGUGGUUACUGCCAGUAUGCCAGUGGAGUGGAGUAUAUGGCAAGCCUGAAUGUGAGCCCGAGCGAUAAGUGGAAGUACCUGCCGAUUUUCCUGGCGUUUGUCAUUAGCAAUUGGGCGCUGGUGUACUUCUUUGUUUACACGGUCAGAGUUAGAGGCUGGGGCUUUGGGUUUGGCUAUCUGUUCGGUGGGUUGGGGAAGCUGGUCAGUGCUGUGAAGACGGGGAUUGGAAAGACGGUUGGUGGGAAGAAAGGGAAGGGGGCUGAAGCCGAGAAGUAA